GCUUCCUUGAAGUGGCUCAGUGGUGCAUGCAGCCCCACAGUUCCUGCUCCCUCCAGCUAUGACUCACAGAAUCCUUCUGUUAACAGCCUUGGUCUUACUAAGUGAUGGGUUCAACUUGGAGACUGAAAAAGCAACGAUCUUCCAAGACAAUGCAAGGAGCUUCGGGCACAGCGUGGUCCAGCUUGAGGGAUCCCGGUUUGUGGUUGGAGCCCCCCAGGAGAUAAGGGCUGCCAACCGAACAGGUGGCCUCUACCAAUGUGACUACAGCACGGGCAAGUGUGAGUCCAUGCACCUGCAGGUCCCCCUGGAGGCGGUGAACAUGUCUCUGGGCCUGUCUCUGGCAUUUGCCACCAGCCCUUUCCGACUGCUGGCCUGUGGCCCCACUGUGCACCAAACUUGUAAGGAGAACACCUACGUGAACGGCUUAUGCUUCCUGUUUGGACCCAACCUAUGGCAGCAGCCCCAGACUUUCCCAGAGAAGCUCAGAGAGUGCCCUCGGCAGGACAGUGAUAUUGUCUUCUUGAUUGAUGGCUCUGGUAGCAUCAUCCCGAGUGACUUUCAGCGGAUGAAGAACUUUGUCUCAACUGUCAUGAAUCGAUUCAAGAAGUCCAAAACCUUGUUUUCUUUGAUGCAGUUCUCUGAAGAAUUCCAGACUCAUUUCACCUUCAAUCAGUUCAAGAAAAACCCUAACCCAGAAUUUCUGGUGAAAUCAAUACAACAGCUGUACGGGAAGACACACACUGCCACAGGAAUCCGCAAAGUAGUAAGACAACUGUUUCAUAGCAGUAGUGGAGCCCGGGAGAAUGCCCUUAAGAUCCUAGUUGUCAUCACAGAUGGAGAAAAGUUUGAUGAUCCCUUGGAUUACAAGGAUGUCAUCCCUGAAGCAGACAGAGAGGGGAUCAUUCGCUAUGUCAUUGGGGUGGGUGAUGCUUUCAACAGUCCAAAAAAUCGUGAAGAGCUUAAUACCAUUGCAUCCAAGCCUCCUCGUGAUCAUGUGUUCCGGGUGAAUAACUUUGAAGCUCUGAAGACCAUUCAAAACCAGCUUCAGGAAAAGAUCUUUGCAAUUGAGGGUACUCAGACAGGAAGUACCAGCUCCUUUGAACAUGAGAUGUCUCAGGAAGGCUUCAGUGCUGCUAUCACUGCUAAUGGUCUCUUGCUAGGUGCUGUGGGGAGCUUUGACUGGGCUGGUGGAGCCUUUCUUCAUGUGUCAAAGGAUAAAUUUACCUUCAUCAACACAACCAGGGUAGAUUCAGACAUGAACGAUGCUUACUUGGGUUAUGCUGCUGAAGUCAUCUUGAGGAGCAGGGUACAAAACCUGGUUCUUGGGGCACCUCGAUAUCAGCACACUGGCCUGGUGGUGGUGUUCAGAGAGAAUGCUGGUACCUGGGAGACCAAUGCACUUAUCAAGGGCAGCCAGAUUGGCUCCUACUUUGGAGCCUCCCUCAGCUCUGUGGACAUUGAUAAUGAUGGCAACUCUGACUUGGUCCUCAUCGGGGCCCCCCAUUACUACGAGCAGACAAGGGGAGGCCAGGUGUCUGUGUGCCCCUUGCCUCGGGGGCAGAGGGCUAAGUGGCAGUGUGGGGCUGUUCUCCGUGGGGAGCAGGGCCACCCCUGGGGCCGCUUUGGGGCAGCCAUGACAGUGCUGGGAGAUGUGAAUGGGGACAAGCUGACAGAUGUGGCCAUCGGGGCCCCAGGAGAGCAGGAGAACAAGGGUGCUGUCUACCUAUUUCAUGGAACCUCAGGAGCGGGCAUCAGUCUGUCUCACAGCCAGUGGAUUCAAGCCUCCCAGGUCUCCCCUGGGCUCCAGUAUUUUGGUCAGUCACUAAGUGGGGGCCGGGACCUCACAAUGGAUGGACUGGUGGACCUGGCUAUAGGGGCCCAAGGCCAUGUGCUGCUGCUCAGAUCCCAGCCUGUGCUGAGACUUGAGGUGACCAUGGAGUUCACACCCAAGGAAGUGGCAAGGAAUGUGUUUGAGUGUCAUGAAAAGGUGGAGAGAGGUCAGACUGCUGGAGAGGUCAGAGUUUGCCUCCGUGUCCACAAGAAGACACGGGACCGACUAAGAGAAGGAGAGAUCCAGAGCAAUGUUACAUAUGACCUGGCUCUGGACCCACGUCUCCCACAUCCCCGAGUUGUCUUUGAUGAGACAAAGAACAGCACACGCAGACAGACAAGGAUCUUGAAGCUGAAUCAAGAAUGUGAAACCCUAAAGCUACUGUUAGUGUAUUGUGUAGAAGACUCAGUGAACCCCAUCAUCCUGCACUUCAACUUCUCUCUGGUGGGGGAGCCCAUUCCCUCAUUCAAGAACCUCCAGCCAAUGCUGGCUGUGGAUGCUCAGAGACACUUCACAGCUUUGUUUCCCUUUGAGCAGAAUUGUGGCAGUGACAGCAUUUGCCAUGAUGACCUCAGCAUCACCUUCACUUUUAUGGGCCUGGACACCCUGGUAGUGGGUGGUCCCCGAGACUUCAAUGUGACACUGACUGUGAGAAACCAGGGCGAGGACUCCUACAAGACUCAGGUCACUGUCUUCUACCCACCUGGCUUAUCCUAUCGGAGGGUGUCAGUGGCCCAGAAACAGCUCUCAUGGCGACGUUGGCGCCUGACUUGUGAGGCUGAUGACUCCAUCAGUGGGCCUGAGGGCUUGAAGAAUAGCAGCUGCAGCAUAAACCACCCCAUCUUCCCAAACUCCUCAGAGGUCACUUUUAAUAUCACAUUUGGUGUGGAAUCUGAUGCUUCCUUUGGAAACAGAUUACUCCUCAAGGCCAGUGUGAUGAGUGAGAACAACACGACAAGGACCAACAAAACUGAAUUCCAGCUGGAGCUGCCUGUGAAAUACAUGGUCUUUGUGGUAGUCACCAGCCAUGAGGUCUCCACCAAAUAUCUCAACUUCAUAGCUGAGGAGAAGACCAGCCACACUAUAGAGCAUAAGUAUGAGUUCAACAACUUGGGGCAGAGGAGCCUCCCCAUCAGUGUGGUCUUCUGGGUGCCUAUCAAGCUGAACCAAGUGACUGUGUGGGACAACCCCCAGGUCACCUUUUCCAAGAACCUCUCCAGCACAUGCCACACCAAGGAGAGGGAACCCCCUCUCUCUGACUUCCUGGUGGAGCUUAAGAAGACUCCAGUUGUGAACUGCUCCAUUGCUCUCUGCCAGAGAAUCCAGUGUGACAUUGUGUCCUUUGGCAUCCAGGAAAAAGUCAAUAUCACCCUCCAAGGCAAACUUUCGUUUGACUGGUAUAUCAAAACUUCAACAAACUACCUUCAGGUUGUGAGCACGGCAGAGGUCUUAUUUGAUAAUUUGAAGUUUGCCCCACUUCCAGGACAGGAGGCAUUUCUGAGGGCCCAGACAGAAACCAAAGUGGAGCCAAGUGAAGUGCACAACCCUGUACCACUUAUAGUGGGCAGCUCAGUGGGGGGGCUGGUUGUUCUGGCCCUCAUCACCGCUGGACUGUACAAGCUUGGCUUCUUCAAACGGCAGUACAAGGACAUGAUGAGUGAAGCUGGUCCCGAUGCUGCCCAGCCCCAGUAACAGCUCCUUCCCCAUUGAGUGGCCUCUCCUGCAGCAAGUAGGACAUUGGUUAGACCAACAUGCAGGUCCCCAGGCUGUUGGACAGAUUCAUCUAUUAGGAGAGUGGGGUGGUAGCAUCUUAUUCAGGAAAGAACAGCUUGGACUUCCAUUCAUGUUUGUGUAUGUUUGUAUGUGUGUGUGCAAGCAUGUGCAUGAGUUGUGUGCAUGACUCAGAUGUCUCUUGAAUGGGGAUGAGUGCCUUCAGUACAACUUCUCAGGCAGAAGGGAAUUGCUUGGGCUUCCUCAUGUGUGGGUUAAGGUGCCAUUGGACCUUCCUCCUGACAGAGGUGAUGGCAGGUUUUGUGGGUGAACAUAAAGGGAAUGCAACAGAUUCUGCUCCUGGUGAGGGAAAAGAGACCUCCUUUCAUGGGUGAGGACACAGACCUGCAGGAGCCUGUGCAGCUGGAUGGAGGCCACAUUGGAAGAACCAUGGUGGAGCGAGGAUCUGGUCAGCCAUCAGGAGCCUGUCCACCCAUUCCACACUUGAGCUACAUAAGGUCCAAGGAGCAGUGGUUCACUUCCCUUUAUCUAUGCAUUUACUUAGUAUUUUAAUGUUAUUUUUAUUUUUAUUUUUUUGAUAGAUAAACCUGUCCAUAGUACAAAAAUCAAAAGAUGUGCAAGCAUGUGUGGUGAAGUUUCCCUUCCAUUAUGGUCCCCCCAGCCAUUCAAGUCCCUCAUAAGGGGCUGUCAAGGUUGUGUGUUUUGGGGUCUCUUUCACAAAGAUUCUAGGCAUAUGCAAACACAUACAAAUAUACAAGCUUUUUUUACACAAGUGGUAACAGAUGCGUUAUUUAUUACUGUUUAGCAUCUUGCUUUAUUCAUUAAUAUAGCUCAGAUGUUUUAUAUCAAGACAAAAUAUUUUUUCAUUCUUUUAUACGGCUGCAUAGUAUCCCUUUGUGUAGGUGGAUCAUCAUGUAUUUAACCAGUUUCCUUUUGAUAUGUUAUUUCCAACCUCUAGCAAUGUUGUAUUACUAAACAAUGGUGAAUUAAUAAAUUGAUUAUAUAUAUGAUAUAUAAUUAAUAAAUUGAAUAUAUGUCAUUUUUGCAUAUGUGUAAAGAUAAUUUAUAGGAUAUAUUCUCAGAAGUUUGAAUUCUCCCAGAAGCAAACCCAAGAUAAGAACUUGAGUCAAAGAAGUUUAUUUAAGACUGGCCCCAAGAAAUAGGGGAGAGAUGUGAGCUAGGAAGGAAAGUCAUCCAGAAAAGGGUGUAUUUUCAAGAGACACCACUGUGAGCCGCUGGAGCAUAACCCCAUUGGUUUUGAGUUCUGGGAGACAGAGUAGAAUGCAAACCUCAGCAUUGUCCCACUCGAAGACCGAAGGAACUGGAGUUAUGUAUACAGUUGACCCUUAAACAAUGCUGGGAUUAGGGACACUGAUCCCUCAUGCAGUUGUAAAUCCAUGUAUGACUUUUGACUCCCCAAGAACUA